CUCAGUUCAACAUGUAGACUCCAAGAAUAUUUGAAGAAUAUCAUCCUAAGAAAAUGCCAUUGUGAAGUGAAUACACCAGUGUCAAAUAUUUGACCCAAAACGUCUGUUACUAAAUGGUACAUGAUUUCGACAACACAAGUGAAUACUAUAUAUACACCUGUUACAAUUGUCUAAAUAUUUAGACACCUAGCGUUCCUGGCAAAGGACAUCGUCACUUUACUUGUUUUCUGGGCAUGGACCGUUGGAAAAUGGAGUUUAGAAUAUUAUCAAUAGGGGUUUUAUGGAUAUUUGUUGGAGUCGUGUCAGCAGCAAGAAUGGGAGUUAUAAAUGUUGUUAAAGAGUGUAAGGAGACCGGUCAAUUCUUACCAAAUCCUCACAAACCAUAUUCCUACUAUCACUGCGUACACCCGGGUGUGGCAGUUGACAUGAAAUGUCCCGGGGGUACGGCAUAUUGUGAGGAGGAGCCGCCGUGUGGGUGCAUGGCCUACAAAAUAUACACACAUAAUACUAUAUCAAAAAAUGAACAAGAUAAGAAUAUUCCAUUUGAGCCAAUAUUUAGAAAAUACACGGUUGAUACUAUUGACGUGGAUGAUAACACACCAACCAAGCCUGGGAUACAGGAGGAACGAAGAGACAUUGUAUACACUGGUUUUCCAAUUCUUUCACCUCGCAAAGUCAAUGAUAAAAUCAAAGUUCAAGUGUUUGAAAAGGACAGGAAAGCUACUUAUUUUGAACCUGGAAAGAAUUCUAUAGUUGAUAAUAAGGACGAUGGAGCAUUGAACGUGCGAUUACAGUCGUCUGAUACUAAUGGGUACCCGUUCCCACAUGAAAAGCCACACCCUAUUGUUGUAGAGCCGAAUGCUAAAGGCGCUGUAGUUGAGCAGAGCAAUGGAUUUAUCGAAGAUCGUGAAGAUCCCGUGAAUAUUUACUCGAGACCCCUAAAUGAACAAGGGCGCGGAAGGAUGAUGCCAGCUCCCAUUCCAUCCAAUGGUUGCCCAAAUGACCCUUUCAUGAAAACUGAGAACGUGCACAAGCCUCUUGGAGUAAGUAAACCAUAUACAACCCUUAGGGAAUGUCAAGAAAAUUGUAUUUCCAUGUCUUCCUGUAUCGGGAUUGAUUACAACAAAUUGCCGAACGUACCGAAUGAUGAUCGGUGUUUCUUCUUGUUCGCCAACUCCAGUGUGUUCUCUACGGUACUCAACCGUUGUUGCGACCACUACCAUAGGACCACGUGCAAACGAGAACAAACCACCACCGAGAGUAAUGCCAUCGAUAACUUCGGUGGAUUUGGUGCGGGACGUCAACGAACAACAACCUCUGGCCCAUUUAGUCCAUUCACUACUGCAGCUACUAUAACAAACGGCCCGUUUUCUGUACGACCCCCUUUUCAAGCCCGAACUACUACACUCGAUAGCAACUCAGCAUUUGGGAGCUCAAUAACGAGACAACCGGGGGAAAGGUCAUCUACAUCCAACCCUGUUCCAAAUAAUGAUGAGACAACGAUACCUGAUAGCGGCUGUCCAUAUAUCUUUCAAAAAUUUGAAAAUAAAGCUCAUCCAUUCGGGAUCAACAUUUCAUCUACCAAUGAGGAAGGUGGAAGCGAGGCCUGUAAACGCUGGUGCCUCGUCAGACCCUAUUGUGUCGGGGUAGACUUCGACCUCAACACCAACACAUGUUAUUACCACAGACUAGUGGAGGAUGUUCUCGUGAAGGAUUCCAUUGGCGUGAUGCAUUUUCGCAAAGGGCAUUGUUCCCCACCAUUGAGAUGCUGGGAGAUGGAGGCCUCAAUUACAGAUUUAUCUAUGACCACUGUAACUGAUCCAUCAACACGACAGAUACAGUGUCAAACCAUGUGCUUCGUAGAGGAAAACGUCAUUGAAAGAGUGAUUCGCCGAGGAUGUCUCGAUCCGUCCAUAGAUUCGGCUGUUGGUUGUACAGUGAUGCCAGAAGACCCCUCUUCUAUCAAAUGUUUCUGCGAUACAGAUCGCUGCAAUGGGUUAAGUGUGUUAGCCCUAUCAUCCCAGCUAUUACAUCUUCCCCUAAAUGGAGACAUGAGCGACCAUUCGGGGACUGACCUUCACGGCGCAGCAACACCAGGAUACGAGGAACCAACCUUUACUUGCUUUGAUAAAAUAGUCAAUUGCUCAGCAUACUUCAACGGCAGGUCGUGCAUAUCAAUACCUCAACUCUCCCAGCAGCAGUGGGGUGUCGUGUCCGCAAAUGGCUCUGUGAGCGGCCAGGCUUCAUUCGCCAUCUGGUUCAAACGGUUUCCUGUAUCACCUGGGAACCAAAUAAGAGGAAUAUUUGGCAAUAGUGUAGAUUCAGCACCACCCAGUUGGCGCAUACAGGGUUCAGAAUCAGCAAGAUUCAUCGAGGCUGGUGUCUCAACCAUAUAUGGUCAAACGAAUGAUCCAUUGGGAGAUUAUGCCCAUAUAGAGGCAAAAGCAAAUGAUUGGCACCUGGUUGUCAUGACUUAUGAUGACCAUACAGAUCUUUCCGUCACACCCCCUCGCCUUCCAACACUGAAGUUAUUCUUGGACGGUGUGGAACAAGAUGGUAACUCUCGACGAGACAAUGGGACAAUCCUUGUAUUGGAUCAGUAUGUUGGCGUGGGAUGUGUACAACUCAACAACUUCACUGGAUUCAUUGAUGAGGUUAGAAUUUUUAACACCCCUUUAAGACAGGAAGACAUUGCGGGACUGCUUUCGAUGAAGGACACAAAGAACAUUUAAUUGACAAAUGAUCAAGGGAAUAGUGACGUAUUCACCAAGUUUCUAUUACCUCCCUUAUCCAGUUAUCCAUAUUUAAUGGAAUAAUGGGACCAACUUAACAAUCUUAUUUGCCAGUAUUUCAUUGAUCAUGCUUUUCUUUCAAACAAGAUCGACAGACCAAAUAGGGUGUCAAGGAUGAUUGGCUACAAUAAUUUCUUCCAUAGUUGUGAAAACACCGAUAAGUUAUUUUAGACAAACGCCCCUAGUAGAAAAAUAUCACAGUUGGCCGAACAUCAUAAAAAUGGUCGUAUCGCUAUCCAUUCGCGGAUACAAAUCAUUCAUUUUUAUGGUUCAAUGCCUGUUUAUCAUCUUGAAUAACAAAAAUAUGAAGUUUUCAUGUGUGCUUAAAAAUCAAACUGGUAAGCUAGUAUGCCUAUUUAAUGCAACUCAAUCCCGGGAACUCAAUACACAAUGAACAAUACAUGAAUACUAAUACCAUUUACUAAUGGAUAUCAUAAUUCGAGCAAGAUAUCACUGAUAUUACUU